UUGUGUCAUCUUCUUUCAGCCUGAGUGAUCUCCGCUGUAAAUAUUUUGUUGUUGGGAUUUCCCCAAUUCGUAUAAAGCUGUUACUGUUACCCGAGUUUGUCUUUAGGUUUCUCUCUUCGGUAUCAUUAUCAUAGUAUUAAUUUGAAUAUGGACAGGGCGAAGACUUUAUUAGCGUUUUUUUUCGCGGUGCAGGCGCUGGUCUUAUGGUUGCACACCAGAAGAAUAAGGCGGUCUAGGACGUUGCUGGCGUUAACUCAGUGGGGAGCUGAAAGAAUUCCGAGAAAAAUAUGGAUGGAGUACCGGCCAGAUGAUUGGUGGCUAAAUGCAUUAAAAAAUUUCGGUGAACAAGAAUGGUUGUCGAAUUUUAGAAUCAGAAGAGAAACAUUUUCCAAGUUAACAACGUUAUUGCGUGACGAUUUAGAGCCGGACGAAAGGUGUGUUCGUACGCCACUCUCACUAGACAAACGAAUAGCAAUUGCAAUAUACCAAUUGGCAUCAACCGCAGAAUUCAGAACCACAGGUAACAUGUUUGGGGCACAUCGAACAUCUGUUCACAGGUAUUUGCACAGAUUUUGUGAAUGUCUGAUCAAGCACCAAAAGAAAUUCAUUUUUCUGCCAACCGCUGCUGAAGCAAAAACAAUCGCAGCAGCCAAUCAGCAACUAACUGGGUUUCCACAAUGUUUCGGGGCUAUAGAUGGGAGCCACAUUCAUGUAAAACCACCAAGAUCUGGGUUUAGAGAUUAUGUGAAUCGAAAGAUGUACCCAUCUAUAGUCCUACAGGCUGUAGCUGACAAUCACUACAGAUUCAGAGACAUCAGUAUAAAGAUGCCGGGCAGUGUUCAUGAUGCCACAGUCUUGAGGGCUUCUGGACUAUAUAAGAAUGCUGAAAUGCUCCCUUCGGGUGAGAUCACCAUUAAUGGAUAUCCAGUGCCCUUAUGCAUCGUGGGUGAUAGGGCGUAUCCCUCUUUACCAUGGCUGUUACGCCCAUACACUGGGUCUUCUCUCACGCCCAGGCAAGAGAGAUAUAAUGAGCACCAUAGCAAGUUGAAUAAAUAA